AUGAAGUUCACCGCUGCUUUGUUCAUGCUCGCCGGCGCGGCCGUCGCCUCCCCCGUCCCGGCUCCGAACCCGGUCGCUGAGCCGCUGCCGAUGCCCUCUCCCUCCGGCAUCCCCACCGCCGCCGCCGCCAAGACCCAGCUCGCUGCUCUGACCGUGGCCGCCUGGUCCAACACGGACACGUACGACCGUGACUUGUUCCCCCACUGGUCAACUGUUUCCGGCGCCUGCAACACCCGUGAAACGGUGCUCCAGCGCGAUGGCACAGGCGUCGUCGUCAACUCUGCCUGCGCUGCCACCAGCGGUACCUGGAAGAGCCCAUACGACGGUGCCAGCUGGACCGCCGCCAGCGAUGUCGACAUUGACCACAUGGUCCCCUUGAAGAACGCCUGGAUCUCUGGUGCCGCAUCCUGGACCACUGCCAAGCGCGAGCAGUUCGCCAACGAUCUCACCCGCCCUCAGCUGUGGGCUGUCACGGAUUCAGUCAACCAGUCCAAGAGCGACAAGAGCCCCGACUCGUGGAAGCCUCCUCUGACCAGCUUCUACUGCACAUACGCCCGCAGCUGGGUGCAGGUCAAGAGCUACUGGGCCCUCACCGUCACGUCUGCCGAGAAGACUGCUCUCACGUCCAUGCUCAACACGUGCUAA